AUGUUAUUUCGCGGAGCCUCAUCUCUCUUCAUCUACAAAGAAAUAGCCGCUGUUUUAAAGGGAAACCAAGGUUGCAGAGCUCUGUGUUUGGAGAAGCAGGCUCCAGACGGAUGCCUAAUGCUGUGCUGUGCUCUUUGCCUGUCUGCCUUCUCCAUCACAGGGAUAUGGAUCGUUUACGCCAUGGCUGUGAUGAAUCACCAUGUUUGUCCUGUGGAAAACUGGUCUUACAAUGUAACAUGCCAAGAGGAGCUGCCCCGGCCCGGCUUUCCCAAAACAUGCUGCACCCCCCAGGACAUACCCCUCAUCAGUAAAUGUGGUUCGUUCCCUCCUGAAAGCUGCCUGUUCAGUCUGAUCGGGAACGUGGGCGCCUUCAUGGUGGUCAUGGUGUGCCUUCUGCGAUACGCCCAGAUCAUCGAGCACAGCCACAGAUGUUGGGUAAACACCAGUGCACUCGUGUCCGGCUGCACCAACGCAGUCGGCCUCGUCAUGGUCGGCAACUUUCAGGUGGACCAUGCCAAGUCCCUGCACUACGUGGGGGCAGGCGUGGCGUUCCCGGCUGGGCUGCUGUUUGUGUGUCUCCAGUGUGUGCUGACGUAUCGAGUGGCCAUGACUGCGCUGGAUUACUGGAUGGCUCACUUGAGAGUGGCACUGGCGAUAGGAGCCAUGGUCUCUCUUGUGCUGAGCGGCAUGUUUUUCAUCCACGAGAGCUUCGUCCUGCAGCACGCUGCUGCCAUCUGUGAGUGGGUCUUUACUGUGGACAUCCUAGUCUUCUACGGGACCUUCACAUAUGAGUUUGGUACCGUCACUAGUGAGACCCUCAUGACCGGUCUUCAGCAGACCCACCACCAUAGUCCAGGCGUCAUGAUGGGCCCUGGGUCCAGAGGCGCCAUGGGAGGGGCCACCAAAGGUCUCAAGUCCCCUGGGGGCAGCAGCACAUCCACACAUCUCAACUGUACUCCUGAAAGCAUAGCCAUGUUGUAG